AAUAGUUGAGCGCCACUCCACACAAAUAAAUAAAUAUAAAGAUAAUACAAAUUUAUAUAUCUUUAUGCACUAAUAGCACCAUCAUAAUAAUAAGCACUAAUUAAUGAUUGCCGAAGAAAUUUCAUCAAUGAAUUAUUGAUUCCAUCUUGACGAAGACUCCGCGCAGUAGCUUUUUCCACCUUUAGAACUGAAGAUCAUCUUAGAAUUGCUGAUCCUUAUGAUCUGCAUCACAUCUAUGGCCCUUCUUCUCCUCAUCCUCCUAUACUUGUUCGCCUCCCCUUCCGCUGCAGAGCCACUCUGGUAUAUCUGCGGCUCAGGAAACUUCACCAGGAAUAGCACCUACAGCUCAAACCUCAACCAACUCAUCUUUACUCUCUCUUCUAACGCCUUGGCCGGCGCCUUGGCCACCGGCUUCGCCACCGCCACCAUCGGCAUAGUCCCUGACCGUGUCUAUGGACUUACUCUCUGCCGCGGCGACACCGACAUCGCCAACUGUCGCUCCUGCAUCUCUACGGCCAUUUCCGACACCAACCAGCUCUGCUCAAACAAGAAGGAAGCCACCAUAUGGUACGACUUAUGCCAACUCAGCUACUCCAAUCAGGAAAUCCAAUACGGCCCCGACGUCAAUACUAGUGUCCAAUGCUUGUUAGCUAAUACCCAGAAGGUCUCGGCAGACCGACUUCAGAGGUUUGAAAUCCUGAACACCGAACUUAUGGGAAACCUGUCAGAACUGGCCGUGACAGACACAUCUCGGCUCUUUGCCACCGGCGAGGCAGCGCUCACGGCUGGAGAUAAUAUAUACGGUCUGGUGCAGUGCACGCUGGAUCUGUCCGUAGGCGACUGCCGGACAUGCUUGCAGCAGACGGUGGACUUCAGCAAGUUUUACCUGCAAGGGGCCGGAAAGGGAGGAAGAGCAUUGGGGAUCUUGUGUAAUAUAAGGUAUGAGUUGUACAAAUUCUACAACGGCACGCCCAUGCUUCAGCUUUCUUCUGAUCAGUCGCCAUCGUUACCAUUACCCACAAAUGCCUCAAUGCCAAAUGUUACCCAUCAACAGCCAUCGUCCCCAUUGCCCAGAAAUGCCUCAAUGCCAAAUGUUACCCAUCAACAGGCCGAUUUAUCUCAUGGAGGAAGGAAGAUUGUGAUCCGGAGAGUCGCCAUUUUCUUGCCAGUUGGAAUACUACUACUUAUAUGUACAAUAAUUUAUUUAAUAUGGAUGAGAAAAAGAAGAAAAAAAGGAACAAACCGAUUACAGAAUGAUCAAAUGUCAUUAAAUCAGGGCACAAACUUAGCAUCAAAACUUGAAAUCAAAGAGAAUGGUAUGGAAUUUUCACUGAUCAAAUUUUCAAGCAUUAUGGAAGCAACAUACAACUUUUCUUCCACUAACAAGCUUGGUCAGGGUGGCUUUGGUUCUGUAUAUAAGGGCUAUCUUCCAUCAGGUGAAUGUAUGGCAGUUAAACGACUGGAUGAAUUUUCAGGUCAAGGAUUGGAGGAAUUUAUGAAUGAAAUAAAGCUUAUUGCCAAGCUUCAACAUCAAAAUCUUGUUAAGCUUUUGGGUUGUUGCAUUGAAGGAAACGAGAAGUUACUCGUCUAUGAAUACAUGCCUAACAAAAGCUUGGAUUAUCAUCUUUUUGAUCAAACUAGAAAAGAACAACUAGAUUGGUCAAAGCGCUUUGCCAUAAUUGAUGGGAUUGCUCAAGGACUUCUUUACCUUCACAAAUACUCUCGAGUUCGUAUUAUCCAUAGAGAUUUAAAAGCCAGCAACAUUCUCCUGGAUCUCCAAAUGAACCCAAAAAUAUCGGAUUUUGGUUUGGCUCGAAUUUAUGCAAGCACAACACCAACAAACACAAAUAGGAUUGUUGGUACAUAUGGUUACAUGUCACCUGAGUAUGCAAUGGAGGGCUUUUUCUCAGUCAAGUCUGAUGUCUUCAGCUUUGGGGUUUUGAUGUUAGAAAUCAUUAGUGGGAAGAGAAAUACUUCAUUUCAUAAGUCUGGGAAAGCUCUAAACCUGCUUGUAUAUGCAUGGGAGUUAUGGAAAAAUGAAAAAUGGUUGGAUUUCGUUGAUCCAUCAUUAGGUGAAAAAAUCCUAUCAAAUGAGGUUUCAAAAUGUAUUAUUGUGGCACUUAUGUGUGUUCAGGAAAAAGCAGAAGACCGACCUAUAAUGUCAGAAAUUAUUACAAUGCUUGGUAGUGAAAACAUAAUUUUACAAGAUCCGAAGAAGCCUGCAUUCUUCACUGGAGGAAAUGAAGGGCCUUCAGAAUUUUCAAUAUAUGCUUCAAAAAAUGAAAUCACAUUGACAAUUUUAGAAGGUAGGUAAUGCCAUUGAAUCUUCUUAUGUAAUGAGUAAGUACUUGUUAUGUUGCAAGAACUUUGAAAUUGUAUAUUUCUGAAAGUUCAAAGUUGAUGCAAUUUAUUUUGAAUACUCAAAACUAUUUUUUUUGCGUAUCAAACUUAAUGAGUUAAAUGGUUAUCUUUCAUGGAAUAAUUCACAAUGAAUCAUGUAUCUACACUUUUGUUCUCCAAGGAGAUUAAUUUGGUAGGUCUAGCUUUUUCAAUA